AUGGCUUCUAACAACCCUUUGCUUCGCCCUGAGAUCGGACCUGAUGGUCUCGCUAGAGAAGCUUCCGUCAUCGGUUAUACCGAGAGGAGCAUCGAAGAGGAGCAGCUUCAAUUGCAUAAAUAUAUUCAAGAAAACUAUUCGAAAAUCCGCAAUGUGGAGCGUGAGCUUGCGAAUCUCACGCUUGAGAUGAAACUUACAGCCGGGCCCAAAAAAUCAGCACUUGAACAUUUGAGGAAGAAAAUAGAACAAUCAACAGAGAAAAUUCGUGUAGCCAAGAUAAAAGAAGAACAGGCCCGGAAGGCAUGGGAAUCAGCCGUGCAAGCAGUGAAGGAUGAGGAAGCAAUAAAGGAGAAGCUAUGUGAAGAUUUGAGCAAUUUGGUUCAAGAGAGCAGUCAGUCUCAGUUUUCUCGGCUGGAGGAAUUAAAAAGACGAUUGGAAGCUUUGAAUCCAAGUCACGUAACAACUAAUCAUGAUGGGAGAUCAGAAAGUACUUCUCAGGAUAGUUCCUCUAAUCCCAACGCUAGGGAAUCAAGUGGGGGAUCAGCCGCAAGUGUUAAUACUGAUCAAAGUAAUGGUCAAAAAGUUGCAGUGACAGAUAGACCUAAUCAGCAACCUCCGAAUGAAGGCGAAGGUAGAAAUAAAAAGAAAGUCAACUUCCAAUUAAAAGGAAAGGGAAUCGGUGCUGUGUCCAAGGGUAGAUCUUCUGCUCAUGGCUGGACUGGUGCCGGCUUUGACGCAUGA